AUGCCAGAGUACGCGUCGACGCCUACACCAGCUUCAACAUGGGAUGAAGGUUCCCCCUCAAACACAGAGGAAAAUAGUGGUAGUGACGAUUUCUAUGACGCCAUUGAUCGCGGAGACAAGCCUCCGCCGCUAAAAAUGAAAAAGGUUCGUCCUACAAAGUCCAACUUUGACACAUUAAUGCACAAGUCAAGCAAACAUGUGGGGUCCUCGCCGACAAUAACAGGAACAGGGUCUUCGUCUAAAUUUCGUUUACCCUCUCAAGAGGAUUUCGAAAAUUUUUUUCGUGGAAUGCUCGAUCAUUUUGGCCAUGGACGAAAUCCUGACCAGUCUGUACAACAGAGUGAAAGUAAGGUGGAUGAACACGAAAGGUUGGCCAGCCAAAGGAACAUUUCAAAUUUUUUAGAGGCUCUUAAUGAGCAUCGUCCAGGAAACGUAACUAAAGUGGUAUCACUAGGAAGCCCUGAGGAAGUGGAGGUUGGACGACAAUCCCAAAACCAUAAUAUGGAUUUAACGUCCCACAAAAGUUCUCCUGUGUUUACCAGUGAACAGGUUGGGAGAGAUGGAGAAGGAUUAACGCCUUUCCUUCCGGCAGAAAACUCAAUGAGAUGGAGACAAGGGUCAUUUGGAGACACGAGAAUUCCUUUUCGUGGUCACGUAAAAGGGCCCGUAAUCAAAGUUGGAAAUCCCUUAACUUUCUUGCGCAUACCUCCUCGAGAUUCCGAAAAACACGUCGAUCGCUUUUUUCCGAAGAAGCCGAAUGGCGCUCUGCCUUGGAAUCCACCUUAUAAGGGAACUCGGAUCAUGGGAGGAAAAAUAUCGGGUGGUCAAAUUUCUGGGGGACUAAUUCAAGGGGGACAGAUAAAAGCCGGGUCGGUAGAGGGUGGUAUCAUUAAAGGGGGUCAGAUUGUCGGAGGAAGAAUAGCUAAUGGAACUAUGGAGGGCGGGGUAAUUGCAAAAGGGCAAAUGUUAGGAGGGCACUUGGUGAAUGGUAGACUUGAAGGAGGACAGCUUCUCGGUGGCGAUGUAUUUGGAGGAAGGAUAUUAGGAGGAACUGUAGAAGGCGGGGAAAUGAAGGGUGGAGUGGUGGCCGGUGGGCGUUUUCGUGGAGGACGCAUGCAGGGUGGACUGCUUAGAGGAGGUGAGGUACAAAGCGGAACUUUGAGGGGUGGAAAAGUUGAAGGUGGAGUUCUUCAUGGAGGAAAUGUUGAGGGAGGUGAGUUCAAAUUUGGAGAUAUAUCUGGAGGGACUCUGAAGUCUGGGGCGAUGCUCGGUGGACAGCUCAAAAAUGGAAGUAUAGAGGGAGGAACUCUUAAAGGAGGAACAAUAGAAGGAGGUGUGUUGAAAGGUGGAGUCAUGGAAGGUGGACGGCUGAAGGGAGGGCUUGUCCUUGCUGGUAAAAUUAAGGGUGGAGUUAUCGAGGGAGGAAUAAUCGAAGGUGGCGAGAUUGGAGAUGGGGUCGUGAUAAGGAAUGGUAAAGUUAACGCCACGAUCAUAGGCACAGGGAGCACCAUUGAUAAGAAUCAAGAACUCAGUGGUAUAUUUCAACAAGGGGAAAAUCCGCAGCAGUUAGGACUCGAAGUUGACCAGCCAAAAUUUCAUCAUCAUCAAAAUGGCAAGACAUCACAUGCAUUAAAAGCCAUGUCAGACUCACCAACCAGUCCUCAAGGGUCUGCCCCUACACCAGAGCCCAACCUUGAACAAAAGGCAACCAAUCCAAGUACGGAUAUCAAAGUACCUUUACAGGAAGGAACUCUCAAAAUGUUACCCCAAGAAAAUGAUCAAUCGGAUGAUAGUAGUCUUGAAAAGUUGUUAUCUGAAGGAAAGUCCGACGGUGAUAAUUUAGUUACUCCUGAACUUUCGUCACAGCGGUUCUUUGAAGAACAGGAUCAACCCAGUCGAGCUGUUCAAAAAAAAAAUUCCAAACAACAUCAUGUUGUUUUUGACGGGGUCGGCUUUGAUCUUCCUAAUGAAGAUUUUGUAGAUCUCAUCGAUAAAAUGAAGGAAGGGCCACAAUCGGUAGAGGACCUGGUCAAUUAUUAUACAAAGCCAAAAAGGAAGGAAAACUCACAUAUCGGGGGUAUAUUAGAAGAAAAAAAUGUGCACAUUAAGCCGGAGGAGCUCGAAGCUAGACUUAGCAGUCCUACAAAACCGAGAUCCAGUGUUACUCACUCCGACAAAGAUAAACACCAAAGCCAUGGCGGUACAGAUGCUCCAAGUUCAAAAUUUUCAAAACCUAACGAUAAAAAAAUAAAGGCCGUGAGCUUCAAUACCAAGGAUGUCGAGAAAUGUAAGUGAUUCAAGUAAUUCAUUUUAAUGCGUUAUUCAUGACUUCGAAACUGUCCUUACUAACGGACGUAAGAAUUGGAAAUAAGAAAUAGAGAAUUGAAAGACAAGAAGCAAGUCAUCGGGACUUCUUGAUUGUAAUCGAAAGCCUUGUACAACCCAACGUCUGAUAAUCAAAAAAGGGGGGUACCGAUUGAGGUGAGCCAGGUCUCGUUUAAGAGCAAUGCAUCAAAGGAGCAAUGCAUGCAUGCUUUCUAAAUACAACAUUCGAGAUUCUCAAAACUAAAGCCAACAGAAGACCCUGAGAAUUAUCACAGUAAUCAAUGGAACAAACAUGAGACAACUAAGCAUUUUCUUACAGUAAGGCCAACUUAUCACUGGUCCCUAAACAAGCUCAUGGGAGAUCGGAUACCUGGCAGUCCAGGACCAGCCAUACGAACACACGGAGAGAUGGUAGCUAUACGAGGAGGGCUGCGUCUGAAUGGUCAUAAUGCAUGGCUUGGGGCUGGCGACUUCUCUGGUGGAUGUAUCAGCGGUAUGGUGGCAUUAGUUUUUAGUUGAGGCUUUUGUAAGUUAAUGAUCGAUGCAAAGUGUGAUCAGUCGAUUUCCCUUUUAUCGCUUGAUCCACUGAUUGAAUGAUUUACUGACUGAUUGAUGACCGAUUGACUGAUUCACAAAACUGAUUUUUCGAUCGAUUGAUUGAUUGAUUGAUUGAUUGAUUCAGAUCCUGACACCUGUGAUGAUGGGCUCUCAUUUGAGAUGACCUUCCGACUGGACAAGGAUGCCCUGAAAUACAACGACAUGAAUUACAUCGUGGACUCAGGAGCGUCGACAUUUAAUUCUAAAGGCUUUACCCUGUACACUGUACACGGAAAGUUAAGGGCUGAUUUAGCUCUUGCAAAUCAAGAGUUUUGCGUACAAAUUCCUGUGACAGUCCAAAAAUGGCAAGAUGUUUUGAUUACUUGGAAGAAAAGCGAGGGUAAAUAACAUUUGGUGGCAUGAAAAAUAACACUUAUAAAUCUAAAACUUAAGCUUAAGUAGAACGUGUAUGCCUAACAUGGGAGCUGACAGCCCAGUCAGCUGUAUUUUAGUUUUACAUGAACACUCCUAGCUAACGGAAAACUGAAAUACAGUAGUUAAACUUUAUUAAAUUAUAUGAAAUAGUUAAAAUUGAGGUCAUGAAGUACAUUGACGAAAGGCUAUUUAACGACAAAACCUAGAAAACUAAACAAAAUCUUGACAGGAUUGCGUUACCUAGAUUGAAAAGCAUUGAUGACUGUUUUCAAAAGCUCUCAGGGAAAUCAUUUCAUAAUUUAAUAAUGGUUUUUAACUGUAAAUCAUCAUUUUAACAGGAAUGAAGAUGUAUGUAAACUGUGAACUGAAGGCGCACACAAAGGGAAGCGAACACUGCAUCGGUUGUCACUCACGUGGGUGUCACGUGACGGACACCAAUACGCUACUGAUGAUUGGCAGGCCGAAUUAUAGUCCACAUUUUCACUGCACCAAGUUUGACAGUGGCGACAUAGCAUUCUGGGAGAAGUAUCUGUCGGCGAACGAUGUUGAAACGUUGUGUGGAGCACCCACAGGUGAAUUGCACUAUGUUUUAGCAAGAAAACCGAGUAAAAAGAGAGAAAAAUGUAGCCACUAUAUUUUAUCUUUAGCAGACACGGUAACAAAGGAGGUAAAAAGAGACAGUGGAACAGUGAAUUUCAUCAUGGUUUAGUUUUUCUCUGUCUGACCGCUCGAUAUCGAGUUUCAGACUGAGGUGAAAUAGGCAUACUCCCCAGACAAUCGAGCUUGCACGUACCCAGGAUUCUAGACUUGAUGUUGCCAUGAAUUGUACGAAAACUCAAGUCAGUUUCGUCUUUGAAAGCCAAACAAAAUUGGAAAAAGUUCUGUAUGCCCUCGAAGCUAAUCGGAUUAAACUUUUUUUCGGAGAGCUGAAGAGGAAAUUGAGUGAAGUUGCGUGACACUGCGUAUUUCCGAAAAAAUCUCCAGCCUGCACAAUAUGCUACCAAUCAAUUCCCCAUCAUUUCUUUCCAUACUUUUGAAAUUACAGUAGUUUAUUCUAAAAGUCAUCGCCGGGACACCUCCCUAACAGCAUCGUGAAAAAGAAAUCGAUCGCAGCUUAAGCAGAUGCUGGGAAUUAGUACUUAAGAGGAUGUCAAAGUUGACCUUUAUUUCUCUGUGCCGUAUCCAUUUUCAUGGAAACAUUUCAAGCCCGUGCAACGAAGCGGUAAAAAAAAGAUGCAUCUUAUAAAGCUUAUUUCUGAUAUCGGAUGACUUCAAUUCGUUCCGGUUACCAUAACAAUGCAGGUUUACGGUUGAUUUCUCUUACUUAAAAUAGGAAUUUUUUGGUCUGCAUAAUUUAUUACUGAGAAGUCUCGAACAUAGAGGUUCAUUGGUAUGAUAGACAUGAAGAUCGACUACAAUUUUACCAACACAAAAAGGUUCUAAACGAAGAUUCUCAAUUUCAGUGCUUCCUUGGACAGAAAAUGAUUUUGUUGAUUUCAAGAGACUGGGGAUAUUUUGCGCAAGAAGUGAAUAGUAUAAAACUGCUUGCCUUUUCUAUUGGCGUAAUUGCUAAAAUAUAUAAACAGAGGAUCGCGCAGAAGGCGGAAUUGAACCGCUCCGACGCUAAUCGGCUACAGGUUUGAAGCCUGCACCCCACACCAGUGAGGCUCAUCCGCGCACCCGUGCCAUUGUUGUACGUUGCGUAUUUAUAAUUUUCGAAGUGGAUUUUUCCACACAUUUGGUACGAUUUUAUGCGUGAAUAAUCAAUAUUCGAUAAUUUUUCCUGCAGUAACCUAGUACUCUCCUUAUUUGAUGGUGAAUUUUCCGUAAUCAAAAACAUUUUGCAAAAAUUUAACAUCGUAUUGUUGUUAUAGGUAAAUAGUAUUUUUUCUGAAAUUCCAUUUACGCAUGCGUAAUGAACCGCAUCACAUCUCUUGCAAAACAAGGUGUUGUUUAUGGUAGUUAUUGCCAAAUUUUUACACAGAAUUUAUUAUAUCAAUCUGAAGGUCUCAAAUAGUGAUAUUCUUUCUCGAGUGAUAACAACUGAAAUCUAUUCAUACAGUUUUCGAUUAUUUUGCAGGUGAAACUGAAAAACCUAGCGCCGUGAAUAAAGAGACCAAUGAACUGACAAUCCAAAGAGCACCUGUCAAUCAAGCCUUCAAUCAAGUUAGAUAUCCAGCCAAUCCAAUGCAAAGUUACGUCGCAAAUCAACCAUACUUUAAUCGAUAUCCAGGUAAGGUUGUGAUGCCAGAGAUCAAUAAGCGUCCUCUCAUAAUAUUACUUCCUUGGUUAAACUCACCAAAAUCAAAUACUGUGAAUCGCUUAUUUAAACUUCCUGCUAUAUUAAGACUUUUUAAAGCUGGUAAAAGGUUGGAUCGUGAAGAUCAAGGACAAAGAAAGAAAAUUGUCUCGAAGUUAUUUAAAAAUCAAGUCGCAUUUCCAAAAGUACCGUCAGGAACCAUACCUCUUUCAAUCAUGAACAACAUUCCAAUUUUAAAGUCGCACAAAGGGGGUAAGUUGGUCAUCUCACGAUAUAAUUCGUUUUUGCUUCAUAAACUAUUCCCUUUUGAGCAAAACGAAAAUAAAUCGAUUACACAACCGUCAUUAAGUAAAUAUCGAAAUACUCCUCUUUAUAUCAGACUUCCAAAACAAAACAGGUUCUUGCCAAACUCAAUGCACCCUGUCUCUCGUGAAGAGCGCUUGGGUAGCGUUACUUUUCCCUCAGUUGAGACAAACAAAGCAAGAAAUCAGCCAAAGUUUUUCCCAGGCUUACAAAUAAGCAACAGCAGUCCUUACAUGAACCAAAACAGAAUACAGUCUGAUUCACCCGCUGACAAUGCUUACCGUAAAGAUCGAAAAUUUCCAUACCAGUAUACGUUAAAUCGUUUUAUUUACCCUGAAAGGACCAAACUUUGGACAAACACGUCUCCUUAUUUCAAACCAAAAGUGAACCUAAUAAAUAGUAAAAACCUUUAAAUCACCACACACUAUACUAGAUUACAGAAUGAUGCCUCCUUUCGGUCGCCAGUUAGCAAUGCACUUCAUAUACGACCCCAUCAUUGGGAAAGGGAGCAAAAAUUCAAUUCAGCAGGAGACAAAGUUGUGACCGAAGGAGAAUUAAAGGAAAAAGGUUUAUUUGGUGAUAUUUUGUCCAGGGAUCACAUUCGUCAUAAACCAGGCGGUAAAAAGGCAAAGGCAACUAAGAAAAAAUCGUCAUUUUCAAAGUAGUUCCUAAUCGUAGAUUCUUUAACUUUUUAGUUCAAAAGGCAGUGUACAUACAACUAAGAAGUAGCAAAUAGAAACAUCUAAAAGUACUGGUAACUUCACUUUGAACCUCACUUCUCAAAGAAAAAAAAAAAAAUAUAUAUAUAUAUAUAUACAUUUUUUUUCUUAGAUUUAUCUUCAACUUAGACCGAGUUUUAUGUUCAAAUUAAGCUUUCGUUUUGAAUGAAAGUUUUUUUUUCAGUACACAGUUUUGAAACUUCUUAACUGUUCUCCCGACUGAUCUCGUUACGUCGUUACGUAACGUCAUUACGCAUACAUAGGCACUCGGCAAAAAAUAAAAGUGAUGAAAUGAACGAGGCCCAAACAAAGAGUCUGUCUGAAACUAAUCCAAGUAAAAUAGAUUGACGGACUACAAGAAUCCGCCAACAGUAUAUGGUGCAAAACAAAAAAGUUUAUACCAUAAUACUUUCCAUAAGUUGCUUUGAGUGGGAUGAAUCAUACUGUUUAAUAUUGGUUUCUUGUGACCUUCGGUUUUUUUUCAAUGAAAUUUUACUGUUCCAACUGGUAGCACAAUUUGUCUCUUUAUCUUUUACCACUCCAGACUGAUAAUAAGGUUAAAGCUGAAGACUCUGGCGGAUUCUUGGAAGAACUAUCUUCAUAUAAUCACGCGUUCCUUUUAAAAAUCUGCUGUAUUGCUUUGUAAGCGUGCAAUAUGUUAAUUCAUUCAGUCUAACAAUCGUUUUAUCUUUGAAGAUUCUCUGAGUCGAUGCAAAGUUUGGAACCUGGUUAAAAUACGUUUUAGAGCCACUACCGAAAAUCAAAACACGAAAAAAAAAAUGAACUUCUAGAAAAAACAUUUUUCAAUUUAAGAAAUAAUGACUGAGAGCAUGUUCAAAGGUAACAAUGCUUGGCAAUAACAACAGUUUUUUUUCCUUAAUCCAGUUUUAUUUGCUUCUUAAUAAAGCUAACAGCUAUUAAAAAUACGACGCAUGUUUUGAUAUUUCUGUUUUCUACUUUUUUUCCGAUAACAAUUCCUCUGGAAUUCUGGAAUGGUAACUGUCCUUUUUCCUGUUCUUGUUGUUUUCUGUCUUUCCAAAUAAUGUGCCAAUCAUAAUGUGCUGAAUCUUAAAAAACCAAAGGCCGGCGCGGGUAAGAUUCCAUCGAGUUCACAAAAAUGUUAACCUCAAGAAAUUUGUACCUUGCGGCAAAAUCCUAUUCCCAUCCGGAGCUUUUGCAAGCUCUUAAUUUUAAAAAAUCCCAUUGUCGUUGAAAACCUUAAACUGUUAGUAUUAACGGAUCCACAUGGCAUCAAAAGAGGCAGUGUAAAAUUCUGAAUGGAUUUUUCAUCGUCGAAAAUAAUCCUGCAGAGACGUUAUCCAUGAGGAUAAAAUUAAUUCCCUUGCGAGGCAAAAUUCCCCUUUGUCAAGCUGUAUUCUAAGCUCGUUGUCUCUGCCACACUGAGAACUUUUAUGAUCGGUUGCAAGGCUGCGCAUGCUUGCUGGCAACUUUGUUUUCACAAAAAUAUCCCUAUCUUUUAUUCAGGCCUAUUACCCAGGGGGAGUGAUAUGAGUCGUCAACUGUUUACGCCUUGGAGUUUCUGGAGCGCAUGCUCUAAGACCUGUGGUGUUGGAUUUCGAGUUCGCAGGCGCUCUUGUAUAAAUCCAACACUCUUUCCCACUGGUGGAUUGUGUAACGGACUUUCCAUUCAGCAUCAAUCGUGUUUUGAUCGAAUCUGCCCAGGUAAGAAGAUCAUCUGACUAGGUCUGAGUGCGAAUACGAACUGUAGACAAACAAACAGAUAGACAGGCAGGCUGACCAUCCGACUGAAUUACUAAAACGACCAACCUAUCGAAUGACCCACUGAUCGUUGAUGUCAUCUGAUAACAGAUUGACUGACUAGCAAACCGAAUACAAAAUUGAUCUGCAUGACUAAAUGAGUAACUACUGAGUAACUGAGUGACUGAUCGAUUGAGCGACCAACCAACAAAAUAUGUGGUCAGAAUUCCUGCCUGAGUCAUCUGAGUCACUGACUGAACAGGGGACAGAAUGAUCUGACUAACAGACCUUAUGACUGAUCGAAAGAUUUAGUGACAGACGUGCCCAAUUCAUGACUAGUUAACUGUUUGCGACACUGACUGACGAACUGACAGACUAAAUGACGAAUCAACUGAGUGACGAACCGCUAGAUGACAGACAAAUAAGAGGCUGACCAACAGAGAGAGCUUCGGAUUGGAAAUCGUUCUACUAAUCCCCUGAAACCGACGAGUGUUGACCAAACUGCAUCGUUGUUUUCUUUAACAAAAUCUUAAUUCUUUUUUUAUAUUUUGUAAACUGACAGCAUAUACCUCUCAGAUUCUUCCAAGCUUAAGCCAAGGCCUAGAAGCUCAAAGCGUCAAGUUAUUCGCUUUUAAUCCAGCGACAAUUUAUGCAGGUGACGUAAGGAAUAGCGGUGAAAAGAAAGUGUUUUUCUUAAACGUAAUAACUCUAGAGUUUCACAGUAAUCAUCAAUUGUCUAGAAAAGCGAAGUUUUUAUUUCUAACGAUUUUUAGCUUUUCAAAUAUUUGUUUAGAACAUCAGUCUAAGGUAAAUUCAAAAUCAGGGCUACACGAAUUAAGAUUUCAAUCAUCAAAUGUUAGGUCUGAGUUUGAAAUGCUCGUCGCGGGUUCGUUUUGGUCUUUAGCCCACGUUGGUAACCAAUAUUUGAAUACCAGGUUCAAAUUGUACCAUCUUUCUUUUUUUUUACUGAUUUCUAACAUUGUUUUAUGAUAUUUAGCGUUUCAUAACCCACGAGUGUCCAACUUGCAACAUGUAACAGAGCCUGGUCUCACUCGUGCACUAACUAAAGGUGAGUUUACACGUUCACCUUGAUCCCACGCAAGACAUUUCUGUCGUGGCCCUUACAUCUUUUUGCACACACGCAACACGGAUGAGUAAAACAGCUACUACUAGGCGAAAUCUUGAAUGAUUUCGGUAUAAAAAGAAUAUACAAUAUAUUCAAUAUGCAACUUAAGGACUCUCCUACCACAAAAGCGUUUAGCGCGCUCUUUUUUAGUAUGAAUUAUAGAGACGAUUUUAAGACGUUUUAAUUCUACGUUACUUUCAGUUUCCGCGAAUUUCAUGGGUUCUCUUGCCGGCAGCGUCGUGUACGUAAGUUUAAGUCGAUAUAAGCUGUGUUUUAACUUGAUGCAUUCCUUUUCCUUCUGUCAGAUGGCGGAUACAGUGAUUGGUCAGACUGGGGUAACUGUGACAGGUCCUGUGGAGGAGGCGCUCAGGUGCGAACCAGAAUUUGCAACAACCCCCUGCCCUCUGGUGGCGGAAAGACGUGUCAUUCGUUAGGACCGGCCAUUCAAGUUCGACGCUGCAACCGCCGUGGCUGUCCAGGUAUAUUUAGCAAUCAAUAACGGUUUACUCUUGACUCAUUUAGGAAUGGAAAAAAGACUCUAAGAAGGUCAUGAAAAGCGAGGUUAUUGUUGACUGAAAGGGUGAAAGGAAUAGAGCCGUUUACAUGACGUCUUUUUCGAGCAUUAAACUAAGCCUCUCUUCCUCAUCCGUCUCCAGACCUCUGGUUGAGAGACGAUCAAAAAUGUUGCAAAAUUAAAGAAAAUAUUAAGACAUGUACAUUCUGAUAGACAGUCUCGACCUUCUUAUGGACGUUGUUGUACAAAAUCGAGAAUUCUUUAUCAGAAUGGCUCAACAUUGUAGAACUGUGUGCAAAAAGGUUGCUCACAAGUUCUCUCACAAUGCUACCCGGGAGAAUUUCAACGCUUGAGACUUUCUCCAAGUCAGAAGUACAUGUACACGAAUCUAUAUCCCUGAACUAUUUUCAUCUUCACCACAGUGGAUGGAGGAUACAGUUCAUGGAGUGCAUUUGGUCCUUGCUCUAAAACAUGCGGCAGUGGCGGAAUUCAACGGCGGAUUAGAACCUGUACAAACCCAGCACCAAUGAAUGGCGGGAAGUCAUGCUUUGGGGACCCUGUGCAAACACGAACCUGCAGCACAAGGAGCUGCCCAGGUACUUCAGCUUGCUGUCAAAGGCUAAAAUCAAUGAUUUAACUUCUCUGAACGGGCAAUUGGGCAAGAAGGCCUAGAUAUUUUUUGACACUAGAUGAUGGUUCUGUAGUUGACUUGCAUCAAUGAUCAGGGUAAUUACUCACAGAGCACCUCACUUCACGGUUAACUAAAUGUAGGAAGUGACAAACUGUAAGAGAACAUCUUACCACAUGCUGUGCAUGCUUGACAGGAAGAGAGAAUGGCAAACCCCCAGACACUUCACUCCACAAAAGAGCAAGAAGAAGUUUCGGCCAAAGCGAGUCUCCUUGACCCUACAAGUUACCCUUACCCAAUCCACCUCUCUAAUUUAGAGAUUCCCAAAACAGAUUAAAAUUAAGUGCUCAGUUACGUCACUGAUGAUUCAUCAACUGCGUUGUAGCGUUCUGGCAACUUUAACAGAGAUUUACCGUUUACUUGUACAGUUGAUGGAGGAUACAGUAUGUGGUCACCCUGGCUGCCGUGUGACGCCGAUUGCGGUGGAGGAAUUCAAGAGAGAAGCCGUUUUUGUGAUAAUCCCCGUCCAGAAAUUGGUGGAAGAGACUGUACCAUUUUCGGCUCAAACAGACAGACACGACUGUGUAACCUGUUCCCUUGUAAUGUAAAUAGUUUUCAAUAAAAAUAAAAAAGUUAAGAGUUCUUAACCCUUUAACUUCCGUGAGUGACCAAGAAAGAAUUUCUCCUUGCAAUAUCAAUACAUUACCGAUCAGAUUAGUGAUGAGAUUAAAGAAAAAUAUCAAUUUGGGGAUAAUUAGAUGAUCCAAUACUAAAUUCUCUGAACUGACAUUAUCAGAAUUUUAUGGUUGACAGUUAGGAGAAUGACAAAUUUGAUCUGUGAAAGGGGUUUACUGUAAAAAGCCAAGUAUUGUUAUAAACAUUAACAUGAACUCUGAGGUACAUUUGCAUGACAUGAGUAUUAUCCGUUAUCUUUAUCACUAUAAGUUCAACAAUUUCUUUGAAGAGUUGGAUCUAAAAUGUUAAUCCUUGCAUUCUAUGGUGAACCAUAUAAACGCACAUAACAAUUCAUAGCAUAUCAAUCAUAAUUUACUACAGCACCAAUGCCUAAAGAGAGAG